AUGGCCUUGUCAGAAGCUCUGGCAAAUGUCCAAACUCUUGCUGCCCAGGAGGCCGCGGGGAACAAAGAUUCCCAUGCAGAUCUUCUCAGAGCAAUUCGUGAAUUGCAGCUAGCUGCGGAGACCCCUCUCGAAACAACAUCCCGACUCAACUUUCAGAUUAUGCAGAACAUCUCUAUUCGUGUCGCCGUUGAAUAUGGAUAUCUCCAUGUCAUCGCUGCCAAGGAUGGUCAAUCUAUCUCGGCCACGGAGAUUUCCAAGGAAACCAAAUCGGAUCUUCUUCUCACAAUUAGAAUUAUGCGCGUGUUGACAGCCAUUGGUCUAUGUGACGAAACUGGUAAUCAGCUUUAUGCUGCCAAUGAGAGAACUCGGUUCAAGAUUUUACCUGGGUCGGUCGCGGCUGAGAAACACCACUUUGAUUUAGAUUUUGGAAUGGGCGGGAAAUUGGUCGAGUACAUGCGAGGUCCUGGAAUUCAACAAUUUGCAGACGAGCCCAAUGCCGUCACUCUAUUCAAAUACGCACAUGGAACAGAUGUGAUUUUCGGACUCUUAGAGAAGAAUGCCGAGCAGAAGCAAGCCUUUGAUGACUAUAUGGCUGCGCGGCGCGUGGAUGACAUGCCACAAUGGUUUGACAUUUACCCUGCAGCGGAGAAGGUACGGGAUGCUCGGACAGAGCCUGGAGCAACCCUUAUGGUAGACGUGGGUGGAGGACCAGGUCAAGAGAUUGCGAGAUUCAAAGAAAAGUACCCCGAACUUCCAGGGCGAUUCAUAUUACAAGAUCUCCCGUUGACCCUGAAGCGAGUUGAGAAAUUGCCUGAUGGAGUGGAAGCCAUGAAGUAUGACUUUUUUACACCUCAGCCGGUCAAAGGGUCCCGUGUUUACUUCCUACGCGACGUCCUACACAACUGGUCUGACGCCAAGAGCGCUCAAAUCUUGUCUCGAAUUGUUGAAGCAAUGGACCCCGAGUACUCAACCCUAUUGAUUGACGACUACGUCCUCCCCGACACUGGCUCUGAGCUUCGGGCUGCGGAGAUGGAUAUUCUCAUGUGGCUUCACACCGCGGGCCUGGAACGAACCGUAUCACAAUGGAAGAGUCUUUUCGGUCAAGUAGGCCUGGAACUUGUCAAGAUUUGGGAUUCACCCCGGGGCAACGAAUCAGUUCUGGAAACAAGGGUGCUUCGAUAA